AUGGCAUCGUCAUCUCCCAGUACGAAGGGUCUCAUAUGGUUCAAAUAUAUAGCAGAUACACAGAGCUUCACGGGUGGCAUAAACCUGUUGAAUGAAUGGUGGAAUGGGGUCGACGGAUCCCAGAAAUGGCAGGAAGGCGUGUUCUACGCUCUCUGUGCUGCUUAUGCACUCGUCUCUCUGAUUGCUCUGGUGCAACUUGUUCGAAUUCAAAUGAGAGUACCUGAAUAUGGUUGGACAACACAAAAGGUUUUCCACUUGAUGAAUUUUGUGGUCAAUGGAUUGAGAGCUGUUCAAUUUGGAUUCUACUGGAGGGUUUUCCACACAAAACCAAAAGUAUUAGACAUGAUAUUGUUGGAUCUUCCUGGCCUUUUGUUUUUCUCAACGUACACAUUACUUGUAUUAUUCUGGGCUGAGAUAUAUCACCAGGCAAGAAGUCUUCCAACUGAUAAACUCAGACCUGCAUACUUCAUUAUAAAUGGAAUUGUGUACGUCCUUCAGAUAUGCAUCUGGAUGUAUAUGAGAUUCAGCAAAACUGCUGCUGCUGUGGAAAUCGCUGAGCUGUUCUUUUCAGUUAUCUCACUUGGUGCUGCUGUAGGGUUCAUUGUAUAUGGUGGAAGGUUGUUUGUAAUGCUAAGGAGGUUUCCAAUUGAAUCAAGAGGGCGCCAAAAGAAGUUGCAUGAGGUGGGAUUUGUGACUGGGAUUUGCUGUACUUGUUUCUUAAUAAGAUGUGUGAUGGUUGCAAUCGCUGCAUUUGACCAAAAUGCUGACAUGCAUGUUCUAAACCACCCUAUCCUUGAUUUUGCAUACUACAUGGUAGUGGAGAUUUUGCCAGCUGCUCUUGUUCUUUUCAUCUUGCGAAAACUGCCACCAAGGCGAGUAUCAGAUCAGUACCAUCCGAUUAAAUGA